CUUAGAUUUCUCAAUUUCAACUUGUUCUAUGUGAGAAGGUCCACAUGGAGGUAGAAUCAGGCUGCUGGAAAGUUCGGCCGUCACCCUAUCUAGUAUACAUAGGCGGUAAGGAUAGCGAGAAGAUGGCCUUCUACUCAAUUGGCCAGAUCGGAGAUCCAAAAUAUGUUAUCAAAACAAAACCUCCGGAGCUGAGAGGAAAACAAAUCCGGGCUUCUUGUUAUGGUUGGUUAAUCCUACGUGAUAAACAGAACAAUCACUACUCUCUUUGGAAUCCUUUGACCCUAGAGUUCAUAUGCUUACCUGCACUUGUCUUGAAGCCUGAACAAGUGAUUAGUAGCCGUAUACUGUCUUUUCCCCCUGGUAAUCAUGAUAGUAUGCUUAUAUUAUUUGAAAAGAAUGUUCCUUUGUUCAUCUUUUGUAGGAUUGGAGAUGAAAAAUGGACUCAUCAACCUAUCACAGAAAAUUUUAAGCAUGUUGAAGGAGAUUUUUUGACUAAUUUUGUUGUUUGCAACGGUACACUAUACUGCAAUACUUUCAGGUUUAGCAAACUAGUUAAAAUUGAUCUGAGCAUGCAAGACAAUCAUUAUCUUGCAUUGGUUUUGCUUGAUGUGUCAAUACCAGAGCUGUUAGAAAGUUACUACUAGUCUUUUACUCACUACAUGUUAGAAUCAUGUGGUGAACUCUUUACAGUUUAUUUGGUCAUAGUAAGGCCAAAUGGGAAACGAGUGGUUGCCAUAGAGGUUUUCAAACUGGAUUUCUCAAGUAUGGAAUGGAAAAAGGUGGAAAGUCUCAAGGACCAAGCGUUCUUCGUGGGUGGGGGGAAUUCUUCAUUUUCUUGCUCUGCAACUUGAUUAGGAGUAAAAGCUAAUCACUUAU